AUGAUGGAGCAAGAGGUUGGCCUCUUUGCAAUGGCGACAGACAACGUUCCUCCGCCGGAAUCUAUGUCCUCGAUGGACAAUAUGACUCACUACGCGUGUAAGCAGAAUGUCAACAAAACCACUGCCUCAGUUCCCGCAGAUACCACUCCAGAAGCUGCCGAAGUUGCGUCCCCCGGAAUCUUGGAUCGGCUGCCACUCGAGCUCACCUAUGAAAUUUGCUACUACCUCGAUCUCGACUCCUUGGUGAACUUUAGCUGCGUGAGCAAGAGAUACCAGGAGGUGGUGGACUCAUUUCCUUUGCUUUGUCGGUUUAAGGAACAUGCAGCCGACCUUCUCGAGGCGAUCACCGUCAUGGGCGUCUCUCGCUUCCAUACCAUGACCGAUGUCUAUGAAGAAUUCACUCAGCCCUAUUGCAGAGUUUGUGGCAAGUUUGGUGGCUAUGUGUUCCUCCCACUCUUCGCCAGGUGUUGUUAUAAUUGCCAUUAUUUUGCCCAGGAGUUGGCCCUUGCGCCGCUGGAAGAGGUUGUGUUCAACUACAUCCUUCCCGACGAAAUCGCGAAAAAGAUGCCCGUCGUCAGAAAUGUUGCCGGCUGGCUCGAUACUCUGGAAUUCGACCAGUCCUGGGACGAAGAGGAGGACCUUGCGAGCGUGUUCCAGGCCGAGCAAUUCGCUCUGGAGCUGCACGGCGGUGCCCACAAUAUCAAAGCCGCUUUUGCAGACAGGAAAGCAAGAAUUUCCGCGGAAAUUGCACGCUUGUUAUCAACUCGAGGCCCCGGCAGUCAGUACUCCGCUCUGAGGGACUUCAUCCGCUUGCACCCGGGAUUCUAUGGUCUUGGUCGCAUGCGUUUUAGAAACUGUUACCAAUUUCCAUCCCGGCGACGCUCCCUAUCCUCGCUCGCUUUCCCGUGGUACAACCCGAUGACUAACGCUAUUGAACCAGGCCUCUACUGCCGGUUCUGCACCAUGGCGUUUGAUUACGCGCUCGGCCUCUCCAAUGAUCAAGCAGAAGCAAAAUUUGAGACCAAGAGGGAUAUCAUGGAGCUGAGAUACCAUGAGCAGUUCUUGAAAGCCGACGCAAAGAAACACUUCGCCACUUGUCCCAUAAAAGCAAAGAUUAGGACUUUGCCACUUUCCGCGCUGACUGUCUGGCCGUUUGAUGCACGUUCCGGCCGCUUUUACAACCCGGACAGCAACUAG